AUGGCUGGCGUCUCCCUACCCGAGACAUUCCCAUCAGCUCGGCAAAACCGAUGUCAACCUAUCGGGGCAGCGGGAAGGCCCUCCUAUCGGGAUGCCGCGGGCUUCGUACAUCUGGUUCGGGGACGGCGGAGCCCGGCGCGCGUCUAUAGUACGGCAUGCGUCAACACACAUUUAUUUACAUAUUAA